UUUGCAACAGUUUUACUUUUUUUCAUGUCUCUCAGGGACAGAGUGCACUUUGACCCAGAGGAAAUCCUGUGCCUUCUCAACAGCAGAGAACUGAAACACAAGCAGACAAAGGAUCAUUUUAGUUUUUGUGCUUUUUGUAGUGCAAGGAAAGAAGAUUAAACUUUUUUUUUUCACAAAAGCAGAGAAAAAUUGAGCCUUCAAGAAUAAAUUAAAGGCUUGAAGAUGAUGCAGGAAGAGUUGAACGAGGCGACUUCUGUUUUGAGCGUCUAUGGACAUACCAUCAAAGUUACAGAAGUCUCGCAGGACGGGGACACGCUUACCUUUAUAAUUGUUUCUCAAAAGCUGUCUGGGACAGGAGAGUACCAUGUGGACCGGACCUAUGAUGACUUUGAAUGGCUUCAGCAGCAUCUGUUUGCUCAGGAGGAUGUACCUGGGAUACAAGGAGUUAUAUUCCCCCCUCUUCCAGUGAGGCCUCAGGUGAAUGCAUCUGCGAAGGCCAUGAAACAGCUUGGUUUUCUUGGUUUAGGAGAGUGGCAGCCGUACUGCAAAGCUCUGGAAACUUUCCUCAGGCAGGUGACUGCUCACAGCAUACUCAGCAAAAAUAAAGCUGUGGAGGUCUUCUUGACAAGUACUGAACCUCCAGGCAGACAGAAAGUCAGGAGAAACAUUUUCAACCGUCUGAGUCAAGCUGUGGAAGAAAUGAGGAAAGAAGGACAUAAGGAUGUAGAUGAGUUUUUUCAGACAGAACGUGAUCAUAACCUUGCUCGAACUGGACAUACCAGGAUGGCGGGGGAAAAAUUCCUCGAUGUGGUGCUAACUGAGCAAAAAAUAGCUGUGGCCUGUGGGCACUUUGCUGCUGCUCUGCACCUCUGUGUUGAAAACGGAGAGGAUCCAGAAAAAAGGGCUUUUUCUAGGGUUUGUGUGAAAUUGUCAGAAGUAUUCGACUCCAUGAAGAAAAAUAUGAUGAGCGUUGCUGUGAAUGACAUGAACACUCUUGGACUGGGUCUGGACCUGGACACGCGAUACCAAGAGGCAGAGAAGGAGAUGCUCUUCAGAAGAACAUGCAAACUGGUGGAGCUGGAAAAUGCCCGCAAGAAUGCAGAGAAGGCCAAACCUGUGAAGAAGAAUGCUAUGGAGGAGGUGAAGAAAGCAGCAGAGGGAGAGUUUGAGCAGAUCUGUAAAGUUGCAAAGCAAGAGAUUGUCCAUCUGAGUAGGGACCGGGUGGGAAUGGUGCAGAAAAGUCUGACUCAGUGGUGUGAGCAGCAGCUUCAGACAGCCAAAGAAGGUGCUGACGUUUUCAACCAGCACCUGCAAGCCUUCAAAGCAAUGGCCUAAUUGACCUCGCCGGUGCCAUGACUGCCUUCAAACCUACUAUGAGUUAUAACUACUGUCAUUUAAUGUCUCAUACUUAUUUGAUGCAUUGCUGGACACAUGUUCUGCACUGAACCUGCACUAAAGAUCAUCUAUCAAGUCCCCAUCAUGGGGUUGUGUAAAUAGACUCUACAAAUUAGCACUGAAAUCCCACAUGUAAUUGCACUAACUUCUAUAAAACUCGAAUGAAAAUGACUGCUCUGAGACUGAUUAUCUGCUUUAUACAACACUGCUCGAAUGUGCUGAGAUUGUAUUGUGCUGCUUUCUAGCUGCUACAUCAGCUGGUGGGGUAACAUAAAAUAAAGUGUGAUGAAUUGA